AUGGCUAGCGACGGGCCUUCAGCACGCUCUGGGCUCACGCCGAUACGCUCACUGGACGGGCUCUCGCCAGUCAAAGUGCCGCGAGAGGCGGACCUCUCGUGGCAGGUGUGGAACCGCGAGCUGGAGCUGAUGCGGCACCACUACGAGGACAUCAUCCGCCGCAAGGACGACGAGUUCCGCAAGCUCAAACAGAACUUCGAUUUUCUCAAGGACGAGGCGCAGCAGCAGCAGCUGAAGCUCAAGAACCAGGAACAGAUUUUGGCGGCGGAGAAACGCCGGUCGUUGUCGCCGAAACCGGGGUCGAUACCGUCGCUGCUGGAGGUGGAGCUAAAGCUGAAAGUGAACCUGUUGGUGGUGUUGUUGAAGGAAAAGGAAGCCGAGGUUAACCAAUUGAAACAGGAGAACGCGUUGCUUGACCAAAACCUCAGGGAGAAUAACCAGGAACUUCAGCAGACUUUGGAUGACCACCAGGCGGAGUUGGACUUGCUCAAACAACAGGCAGCCAGUCAUCGAGCCGAGAAUGUUGACCGGGAACAGCUUACCGAUGAGAUACGCCGAUUGCUGUCCCAAGUCACCGACUUGAAGGCGAAGGUGUCGCUGAAAGAGCAACGCCAGUUCUCGGUAGCCGUGCUUGAGGAAGAGCUUGCUCGCUACCGCAAACACGCUCUGGAACUCGAAGGAGCUAAACUACGCAUUAAAGAGCUUGAGCUCGACAAUAUGAAGCUUGAAGCCCGCCUCAAUAGCCCCCGCCCAGCGACCAAUAACGACGGUACCUACUUGGAGUUGUUGGCGGUGAAAGAUAAGUACGACGAGCUUUCCAUCGAGUUCAAGGGUUUACUCGAUAAGUGCCAGUGGCUUGAGGACCAAGGGCUCGAGCUUGCGGGGCAAGUCGAAGCGGCGGAGGCCAAGGUGCUGGCGAUGCGUGACGAAAGAGAUGAGGCCCAGCGCCAAACCCAGCUCCGCCAGACCGAGAUCGACUUCUUACGUAACCAGAUUAACUCGGGAUCAGACAAUGGUGACUACAUCAAGCGGUUAGAAGCUCAAGUGGAGGAGUUACGCCGCACUACUCAACAGCAGCAACCAUUACAACCACCAACGUCUCAACUGCCGCUGCUGCUGCCGCUGGUGAAGCGGAUGCGAGUGGAGAACGACGUCUACAAAAAGCUUCGCCAGCAGAACACUGAGUAUGCCGUGCAAGUGAAACGACUUGACCAAGCUAAGCAACAACUUGAAGGUCAAGUUAAGCGACUCGAGCAAAUCAUCUCGCAGCAAAAGGAUGUUCGAGUGUUACAGCUACGCGCUAACCCUUUGACGACCGAUCAGUUCAUCAAGCAAGAACAGAUCGACGCGUUGAGAGAGGAAAAUCGCGCCUUACGCGACGAAAACUGGCACCAGCGAGACGUGGUGCCUAAAGCCACCUACGACGCCUUGCAACAGGAAAUGCUGGUGGUCCGCUCACGGGUGGACUCCGUGGGUAAGCGCAACCUCCGCUUAAAGGAACAGUACCAAAAGAUGACCACUAAAGUGACAGCGGCGAUCAUUCGCUACUUUGGCUACGAGUUCCGCUUUGUCGAGGACCCCACCAACCCGCUCCAGGUGACGCUGAAAUUGAAGCUCCAAUCAAAACACUACCAAGGCUCUGGUUACUUAAUCAUUGAUAUCGAUACCCAGGAAUUGGAAGUGCAUGGCCCGCCUGAGUUCAAGCUGUUGUGCACGUCGGUUGCCGAGCAGUGGGUCGACCCGCAGAACAAGCCGACGCUUCUUUUGGCGGCGCUCAGUCUCAAGUUGUUUUCGUCUUCUAAUUCCGACCGCGCUGCUUGA